CGUUGAUUUUGUUCGACGACGUGGUUAUUCCACUCAUAAAAAAAUCAGCAUAUGAAUUGCUUGAGCAACAAGUUCUGAACUGCUUGAUCUAGGUGGUCGUAAUUAUGUUUUCAAGAUCAUGGUUAAACAUGAGGCAAAGCAUAACCAAUCUUCUACAUACAAAAUGAUAAGUCUUACUGAUGUUCUCAAUGUUAUUCAAAGUUUCUUUGAAAGUGCUUCUACUUUGAAUGAUAUUGAACAAGAAAUAAUCACUGUCUCUGGAAAUUCAGUGGGGACUUCAAUCGGGACCACAACUCAGGCUGAAAUUAACUUUGUUGAUGUGGAUAACUUAGACAACAAUGAAGACAACGCUUAUUACAUUUCCACGCCAAAGCCUAUAACUAAAAGAUUUUUGGCAACAUCUAAACAUGUUCAACAAUCAUCAACGAAGCCUUAACUAAUGUCCAAGGCUCAGAUUAAGAAGGAAAAAAAAAGAUUAUACUUAAAGCUAUCGUCUCUCUUAUUUUACUAUGUUAGGAGUUAGGAUUUAGGAUUAUCACUUUUUCUUAGGACUUAGGAUUUCAGAUGUUAGGAGUUAGUAUUAUCACCUUUUUCAUCACAUUUAGGUUUAUCACUUUUCAAUUUGC